UCCAUGGUCUCCUCUUCCAUGAUUGUUAAAUAAUUUCCCUUCUCAUUUAAUGUGUUCUUUUAGCUAUACUUAAUCUAUUUUUCCUUUGUAUCAAUUGGUAAUUGUUCGACUCAGUAUUCUGUGAAUCACCCAGUUGAUAUUCUACUCUUCAAUAUUGAUUUCCUUCUUUUUGAGUUUUGAAAAAAAGGGAAAAAUCACGAAAAAAAGUUAUAGGGGAAAACAUUAAUCAAUUAGCAGCUGCUAAAACUGUGUCAAAAGAAGAUUUUCAACUUCUUUUGGGUGAAUGGUUGCGGAGUUUUUGGAUAUUUGACAUUAAUAUUCCCUGCGGUUGGGAGGGGUUGGUUGGUGUGGAGAUGUUUGAUCAAAAUCAGCCCAGAAAUUUUGGUUUAGUGGACAACUAUUCGAUAAAUAUGAUUUAUUUAGCACAUUUGUUUUCAACAACUCAUCAAUCAGAACUGCUGCUGCUCUCUAGUUCGGGAGUUGAUUCAGGAGAUUGAUGAAUACUGGAUAAAGAACCCCUAAAUUUUCUGAAAGUUCAAGCUAUUUCAUCGAAGAAAACAAGAAAUGGAUCAAGCUCUGGAUUCAUAUAGGGGGCAAAUUGAAGCUCUAAUGCGUGCAAUGUCCGUAGCAAAAAUCAUAAGAGAAGAUAAGGAUCCUUGUACGAUUGAAGAGGGUCUCUAUUUAGGGUCCUUUGGAGCUGCCAACAAUAAAGAUGCACUCAAAAGCUUGAAUAUAACUCAUAUUUUGACGAUUGCCAGAGAUUUAAGUCCGUCUUAUCCAAAUGAGUUUGUGUACAAAGUCCUUACUGUUCACGACAGAGAUGAUGUAAAUAUUUCAAAUUACUUUGAGGAAUGCUUCGAUUUCAUUGAAAAAGCAAAAGGAAAAAUUGAAGAAGCAAAAGGACAGGGUGGCGGUGUGUUGGUGCAUUGCUUUGCAGGCAAAUCCAGAAGUGCAACCAUAGUCAUCGCUUAUCUGAUGAAAAAGCAUGGUAUGAGCCUGUCUGAAGCUUUUCAGCUUGUUAAGAGUAAAAGACCAGUUAUUUCUCCCAAUGCUGGUUUUAUGAUACAGCUGCAAAAUUAUGAUAAAGCCCUUAAAGAUCUGACGACUCCAAAUGUAGAUGAGGAAACUCGGUCAUUACUCUCCUAGUCUGAUGCAGUUUGAUCCAUUCUGUAGCCGCCAUUAAAGUUACGCUGUGAUGAGAAGUACACAGCGCGAUAUCUUGUUCAUUGAAUUUAAUAGUAAGAAUUGUUUGAUAAACAAUGAUAAUGAAUUGAUAAUUCCAUUGAGAAAGCUACUCUGCCUAGGCAGACUGUUUGAAGA